AUGCCGCGCGUGGAUCGAUGGGCAUUUGUGCGUCGUCGGGUGAAGGAGCAGCUCCUUCCUAUCGGGCUUCUCCUCGCUAUCACCGUCGGGAUCAUGUUCCCUUCCUUGGGGGUUGCAGCAGGGAAAUUCGCGGUGACCAACUACCUCGCAGCCGGCAUCUUCUUCAUCGGGGGGAUGAAACUGAGGACGGAGGAGGCGAGGAAUGCUCUCAACAACCUCCCAGCCAUUCUGUGGGGGACCUGUAGCAUCCUCCUCGUCUCCGCUGUGCUGGGGACACGCGUGAAUAACGUCUUCCCCCUCACUGUGCCAGAGUUUUCUCUGGGGAUUGCCUUGUUUGUCUGCAUGCCCUGCACCAUCAACAGCGGAGCUGCGCUGGCUGCUCAGUCAGGAGGGAACUUCGCGCUCGCUCUCCUCCUCACGCUCAUCUCCAGCAUCCUGGGAGUAUUCGUCGUGCCUUUCCUGCUCAACAACUUGACCUACUUCGGGGCAUCGGUGUCCCUCCCUAUCAAGGAGAUGGUUGUCAAACUCUGUACGACUGUCUUGCUCCCGUUGUUCCUCGGCAAAGCUUCCUGCCGCCAUCUUCUGCCAUCCUCCUCCCAUGUUCCUCUUCCUCUUCCUCUCCGUCCCUCCACCUUCUCGCAGCUGACACCGCCCAGGCCUCGUCGUAGCCUCCAAGACAGUGAAGGUGAGGACAAGCUUCUGAAAAGUCCAGCUGAAGGGGAGCAGGGAGAGGUGAAGAGGAGGGGAGAGCUGCUGGGGUUGGUCAGCAACGUUCUCAUCAUCAUGACCCCCUGGAUUCAAAUCAGCCGCUCAGCUCAGCGAGACGUCUUCUCAGCCGUCACCCCAGCUGAACUGUUGGUGUGA